AUGUCUGACCGCGGUUCUUCUAGAUCCCGUUCUCCAGCUAUGUCUGUGACCUCUUCAAAGGACGUUGCUUCGAUGCAUUCCAGCAUUAGCGGUGAUUCGCGUUUGAACGACCACAGACAUCAGAACAUGACCCUUCCAGUCAAACAUGAUUCCAAACAUCACCAAGCGGAGGGCUCGCGGCCUACCCGCUUUGAGUCACAUCGUUUCAGCGUUACGGAAAGACCUGGACUGAACGAACCUGUGGCAAGAAAGCCCGAACAGUUACUUGACUCUAGUGAACUGAGAGACAGGAUGGUGGCCGUCGACGAUGACGAAGAUGAUUUUGCCAUCAAAAUUCCUUCUCAAGUGCCUCCUGUCCAGCAACGCCGGCGGUCUACUCGUUCUCGCUCAUUCGGUGAGCAGGUUAAAUCGUUUAUCAAGCCACGCGAGGAAUCUUUCUCCGGAGGCAUUCUAUUAUCAGCAAAUCGUCCUAGUACGGACAAAAACAUCACCAUCUCCUCUAACAACAACCUUGCUCGUACCAUUUCCAAGGGCAGCACCAGAAGUGACAGAUCCAGAAGACGUCCUAGUAACAGCAACAUUAAAGAAAAGCACAGCGACAAUGACAGCGACAGAGACUCGCAUGCCUCCAAUGACUCGCAAGAGACAGAGGAAGACGUUUGCUUCCCAAUGGUCCCCGAACACAUUCGUAUCCGUGGUAUUGACUUUGACGAAAUUGAAGAAUUCAUCAAGGAACAGAGGGAAGAAAAUGAGAUCUUCAUGAAGAGAGAAGAAAAUCUUAGACAGGAUAGCUACGCGUCGAGAGCCACUGGUGCUGAAAAGUUCAGCACCGCAGCACUGAAGUAUACUCCACGUCCUGACGAAAAGGAUUCUUCGGGAAGCAAGGACACCUAUGCUGUUACCGACAGCAGUGACAGCGAUGGAAAUGGUGUUACUUUCGAGAAACAGUUCCCUAGCAGGGAAUCUGCUCCUCCAGACAGAUUUAGCUUUUUCUCUUCUGAGGACGAGGAAACUAUUCACGCUCCUGAUAUUCCGUCCCUGGUUCCUCCCGGAACUCCCUUCGAAAGCCUAUUCCAGAGGGAGGAGGCCAUUUGGUGGCUCGACUGCGUUUGUCCAACAGACAAUGAGAUGAAAAUGCUGGCAAAGGCUUUUGGUAUUCAUCCUUUGACUGCAGAGGAUAUCCGGAUGCAGGAGACUCGUGAAAAGGUGGAGCUGUUCAAGAACUACUACUUCGUCUGCUUCCACACAUUUGAGACCGAUAGCGAGAGCGAGGAUUUCCUUGAGCCUAUCAACGUGUAUAUCGUUGUGUUCCGCAAUGGUAUGCUUACGUUCCAUUUCUCUCCAAUCUCUCACCCGGCAAACGUCAGAAGAAGAGUGAGACAACUGAAGGAUUAUGUUAAUGUGAGCGCCGACUGGCUCUGCUAUGCUUUGAUCGAUGAUAUCACUGAUGGAUUUGCUCCAGUAAUCCAUGCUAUAGAGUACGAGGCAGACGCGAUUGAGGAUUCUGUGUUCCUGUCCCGUGAAAGCGAGUUUGGAACCAUGCUUUUCAAGAUCGGAGAGAGCAGACGCAAGGUCAUGACACUGAUGAGGUUGUUGCAGGGCAAAGCCGACGUUAUCAAGAUGUUUGCCAAGCGGUGCCAGGACGAAGCCUUGACUUCACAAAAUGCGGCACAGCCCCGUGGAGAUAUUGCUUUAUUCUUGGGCGAUAUCCAGGACCAUAUCAUCACUAUGUUUCAAUCGCUGUUAUCCUAUGAAAAGAUUUUCAGCCGCUCUCACUCCAACUACUUGGCUCAAUUGCAGGUCGAGUCCUUCUACGCUAACAACAAGGUGACCGAGCUGCUAUCGAAGGUGACUUUAUUGGGUACCAUUCUAGUGCCUUUAAACCUGGUGACGGGUCUUUUCGGAAUGAACGUCCAGGUUCCGGGGCAAAACGUCCAGAAUUACCAUUGGUUUGGUGGUAUUAUAGGAUUCAUUGUUUUCAUGAUACUUGUGGCCGGUUUGGGAUCUGCUUACUAUCUGCGCCUGCUUAGGAGAGAUCGGUCUGAUAUUAAAUUUUCGGGCAAGUCUAUCAGAAGCUUUCAUUUCGGACACCGGUCCAAUGCGGAGCCGCCUAGGGGACGCAGCAAUCGGUCUAUGGUGAGCCUUCCUUCUAAGUUCACCCGAUACGCUGGAGACUGGUAG